AACUUCAAAAUAUGUAUUAGUUCUUUUGACAUUUUUAUGUCGUAAUGACCCUAGUUAUUUCGUUGUUUUAUUUAAUUAUAAAAAAUGGCUAAAUAUAUAGCGCAAAUAAUAGUAUUGGGAGCUCAAGUAGUUGGUCGGGCUUUUGCAAGAGCCUUGAAGCAAGAAAUUGCUGCGUCUCAAGAGGCUGCUAAACGCGCCGGCGGUGGAGCACAGGGUACCAGGAGAGCUGCUGCAAACGCUUCUACAGGGCUCACAUUAGAAGAAGCCAUGCAGAUAUUAAAUGUAGAUAAAUUAGACAAUGAAGAAAUCAAGAGAAAAUACGAACACUUGUUCUCUAUGAAUGACAAAUCAAAAGGUGGUUCAUUUUAUUUACAAUCAAAAAUUGUUAGAGCCAAAGAAAGAAUAGAUGUCGAAUUCAAGGAAAAGGUGGAUCAAAGUCCAAAAGAGCCGAAGGAUACAUCGUGAAAUAGAAAAUGAAUUAGUUAUACAAUUGAAUCAUAGUUAUGGCGUUACGGAAACAAGUUGAUUUUUGUAAAAUAUUUUAUUGCGUAGAAAAUGCAUACCACAAUAGUGACUAGAAUACAUCAGUCUUCAUAAUAAAGAAUGUUACUAAUGAAAAUUUCUACAAAUAAUUUAGGUAUAAUGUUUUGCUAAAGCAGAAUCUUGUUAUAGUUACAAAUAAAUUUUGCUAAGCAGAGAACUGCUUUUUACUGCUGCUUUGUUCCCUGAA